ACGAUCGAUCAAAUUUAGAGAGAAAAUAAGAAAAGUAUCAGGGUAAAGUGUAAUAGCAAAGAAACAUGUACGAUCGUGAUUAAAUGUCUUUAUUUAGAAGACUCUUGCGGGGGGUAUGCAAAAUAAGUUCAGGCAUACAUAGCAGGUACAUAAAGAGAAUGUUUUGUGUAAUAUGAAUAAUGACCGACAAUUGCCAUGUGUCUCAUUUAUCUCGCACUUAUACUAAUGACGACUACAUUCGCGCUUGCUUACGUCUAUUUCCGCGUACACAAGACGAAUUGGUCGAGUCAGCCGGCGAAAGGUCGACCAGACUUUUCCUUUUUGCGUGCAACCAGCGAGAUACAUCAAAAAGUAAAAAUAAUUUUUCUCGGGAAAAACGAUCGCUGAUAGACCGAAUUAGUCCUUUUCCUUUUUUAAAAUAACACGAAGAAUUUUCUUUCUAUCGCAUUAUAAAUUAUUCAUUAGAUAUAGAUUUGCAAUAAAAGGUGUCAUUAAUGUUCGUCGAAGAAUUUGAGAUCCUGUUCGAUCUUACAUAUCUCUAAUUCCUCCUACGCUCGAUCUUAGUAAACAGGAAAAUAGGUGAUUAAAAAUAGAGGUGCCUCCUUGCCUUCCUUCGCAUGAAUUAUUUGUUGUUGAUUUCGUUUUAACGAGUCGUAUAAUUUGCGUCGACGAGUUUUACGGGACGUGGGCAAUGCUUUCGUAGAUUGAUUAACUAACAGAUACUAAUCUCACAUAUUAAACGUAAUUUCAGAUGUAGAUCAGCAUGGCGAUUAACAUAAAAUUUACAAAAUUCGAUAACACACCAUGGGGCUUUCGACUAGCGGGUGGCAGCGAUUUUCCACAGCCAUUGACGGUCAUCAAAGUUAACGAAGGGAGUCUUGCAGAAUGUAUGGGUAUAAAAGUGGGAGAUGUCGUGGUAAGAUUAAACGAUCAACCGAUCAGCGGUUUGACGCAUGGACAAGCACACGAGGCUCUCAAACUGGCAGGCAACAAUUUCGUUCUUGGUGUACAAAGGGAGGAAGAAGCUCGUAAGGCUCUCGAGGCUAUACCCGACGAGAACAUUGUCCCGUAUAAUAUUUCGCUCGCAGAUUUGCCGCCGGUUUUCCCGGAGAAAAUUCUGUCGGAAGAGACGGUUUUGGAGAAGCACGAGAUAGCGAUAGAACGUUUACCGACCCCGGACAAGGUUGAGGAAUUGCCGGACAAGCCGAAGGACGCCAACAGCGAGAUUAUACCGAAUCAGAAUCUCACCGACGAGGAGAUCGCUCAAUUGAUUCUUGAGGAGGAAGAGUUGCUUCCCGAUAAGGGAGUAUUAGGGGUGAACUUCAAGAAGCUCAAGCCUCGCGCGACAGUGUUGAAAGGUUCGAAGGUUUUGGAGGAGCUUCAACACAUCGCCACAGCUCCACCACCGGACGUAGAGGAACGUCAUCACAUUUCGACCUUCCUGAAGAAGCCGGAUCGACCGGUACCAAAGGCUAAACCUCGCGAACCAUCGGAAGGAGAGCCGUACAAAGUAGUGAUAAAGAAGCAGUCGAAGAAGAGCGUGAUAGCACGCUUGGUGGAGAAGGGUCUGAUACCACCUGGAAGCCUCGACACACCUGAACCAACGUCCGAGGUAAAGAUGUACGCCCCUGAGGAGUCUAACGAAGAGUCUAACGAAAUUGGGACGGCCGUCCACGAGGACGAGAUCGAUCUCCCUAAACUUCUACCACGUUCGAUCCGAUCUAACGACUUCCCAGACCGUACUCUCGAUCUCGUUUCCAUUAAAACCUCGACUACUAAUCCGAAUCCUCCUACGUGUCUUCCUUCCUUAACCCGACGAUCGACGAUCAAGCCGAAGCGUCUCUACACGAGAGCUCGUUACUUCGAGAGAUCUCUCCUCGGAUAUCGUAAGGAUUCCGACAGAAUCACCCUCGCCUAUCUUCUCGAACUUAUUCUGGGAAAAUCUUCUCCCAAUGGGACGUUCGGACGGAUAAGAAGGAGGGGCCGUUACGUCGAGACCUAUCUCGAACGAGAGGACACCUGGUUGAAAUCGAUGUUCAAGGUUUUCUUUGCUAAGAAAAACGAUCUUACGAAGGGAAGAAGGUUCAGCAAGCCUCGAUACGCCGAGCGACUCCUGACGAAUUCUCUUCGAGGAGAAUUCGUCGAGAGAAGGAAGACCGCGAGAACGCAGAAACGACGUCUCUGUCCUAGAGCUCGAUAUUUCGAGCGCGUCCUUGCGAAAGACGUUCGACGAUUUAUCGAACUCAUCAAGGAAAUUUCCGUUCGCGUAGAUUUAGGAAAAUUCUGUAUUGGCGGUACCGGGAAAGAGAUUAGACAGGGUGCUAGACGACGCUCGAGUUUUAUGAGGGUCAAGGGUCGUUACUUGGAGCGUUGUUUAGCUCGGCAAGACUCCUGCGCGAUAGUUUCGACGCUUUCUUCGACGCUGACGGGUCUUAUCGAAUCAACGAAACGUCGAUCGUCGGAAGUUGGCGACGAUGUCCCGGUUAAAGCUCGUUCGAGAAGAUGCUCGUACGAUCGCGCCCACUACGGUGAACGUGCGAUCGUACGUAAUCUCGAGAUUCUCGGCAACCUGGCCGAGAAGAUGACCUCGAAGAUACUCGGUUGGCGCGAAGGUCGGCCAACGAACGACGACCUUGAAACAUCUCUCUCGAAUUCGAUCUCCUACGAGGAGGAAGGAGGAGGAUUUUCCAAGUUCUUACGGUCCACCGGCGAGUUCGUCUCGGCCGAGGUGUUUCAUCGUGGUGGCAGGAGACUCUCGAGAUCGUCCAAGGUCGUCAAGGUCGACUCCCCCAUGGAAUCCAACGGCUGGCUCGGUUCGCUCGGUCGACUCUGUGGCCUUGACAAUGGCGCUCGUUUCUCCGAUGACAGCUUGAAGACGUGCGACGAAAAGAUCGCUCGUGAAGCCGAUUACGAAGCCCGAAGGUUGUCCUUCGUGCCUACCGUCCUUUACAAGGGUCUAACCAAUCAUAUAGACGUCGAUUUCACCAGACUCGUAGCUUACACUUUCGUUCCCUGUGCGUCCGUCGUUUUGUUGUACAUGUACAAGUAAAUCCUUUCGAACAAUCAAUUAGAUCUCGUCCCGUACGCUUUCUAUUUUCGUUUUCAAUGCAAUCGAAUUUCUUUGAUCUUGCUCUAGGUAGUAUCGUUUUCGUUUCGGCCGUAACAAGAGUUCGGUUCUAACUAAGAGAUAUUAAUAAGUUUUUAAUUGGGAAUCGUUUUUUAGAGCGAAGCGUAAAAUCGGAAUGUUGUAUGUUUUAAAUCGAAAAUAAAUUUUCGAUAUUCGCGUUUCGUAGAUCAUAUUUCGAGUCGAACAGGCUCGUUUUAGAAUUCCCGUAAAUGCAUUUUAAUUGACACGUUUGCAUUUCACUUUUCGAGGAUCGAUUUAAAUUAGGAUUUAAGAGUAUAUUCGUUCUCUCGGGAUAAAUGAAACGAAACAAAAAGUGAUCGUAAAAGUAAAGGUACGAGUGUAAAACAGUAGUACGUAUCGAUGUAUCUUGAAACGUGCGUUUCUGUUUCCCUUAACCCAAUAAUGAAAUAUAUCAAUUUCAAAUAAAUCGUCAACCCAGUUUAAUAAUCGUCACGUUUGCAUGUCUAUGCGUUCCCCUCGUCGAUGUUACUAAAAAUACAUACACACGUAUACAACGACACAAAUAGAUCGAACAUUGCACAGACCUCACACAAAAACGCACAUUUCCAGAUGUAAUCCGAUUAGUAUUCGAUCGUUCGAAUUAGAUCGAAUGCUAAUUGCCAACUGGGUCAAUUAAUAAAUGAGAUUGUGAGUCGUGUCGUAA